CAGAUGCGCGUCCCCCUCCCCCUCCAGUCAGCAACGGGCCGUGAGGCGGCGGCGAAGGGGGCGGAGGAGGAGCGCUGCUGGACGCGGCCCCGCUCCGCGCGUACUCAGGGCCGUGGGGUUCUUUCGCGCCGACCGCAGUCGCAGCAGCAUCUGGAGCCGCAGCAGCAGUCCUUGACAUCAUGAACUGGAAUAAAGGUGGCCCUGGAACUAAGCGGGGAUUUGGCUUUGGAGGUUUUGCCAUCAGUGCUGGGAAAAAGGAGGAAGCCAAGCUACCACAGCAGUCCCACAGUGCCUUUGGGGCAGCCAGCUCGUCCUCGGGAUUCGGAAAGUCUGCUCCACCGCAGCUUCCUUCUUUCUACAAGAUUGGAUCUAAACGGGCCAACUUUGAUGAAGAAAAUGCGUAUUUUGAAGAUGAAGAAGAAGAUUCCAGCAAUGUAGAUUUACCUUACAUUCCUGCUGAAAACUCACCUACCCGCCAGCAGUUCCAUUCUAAGCCCGCAGAUUCAGACAGUGAUGAUGAUCCCUUGGAAGCAUUUAUGGCUGAAGUAGAGGAUCAGGCGGCUAGAGACAUGAAGAGACUUGAAGAAAAGGACAAGGAAAGAAAAAACGUAAAGGGUAUUCGAGAUGACAUUGAAGAAGAAGAUGACCAAGAAGCUUACUUUCGAUACAUGGCAGAAAACCCAACUGCUGGGGUGGUUCAGGAGGAGGAGGAAGACAAUCUGGAAUAUGAUAGUGAUGGAAAUCCAAUUGCACCCUCCAAAAAAAUUAUUGAUCCUCUUCCUCCCAUUGAUCAUUCAGAGAUUGACUAUCCACCAUUUGAGAAAAAUUUUUACAAUGAGCAUGAGGAGAUAACCAACCUCACCCCACAGCAGCUAAUAGACCUGCGGCAUAAACUCAACCUUCGGGUCUCUGGUGCUGCACCUCCUAGACCAGGAAGUAGUUUCGCUCAUUUUGGGUUUGAUGAACAACUUAUGCACCAGAUUCGGAAAUCUGAGUACACACAGCCAACUCCAAUACAGUGUCAGGGUGUACCUGUAGCAUUAAGUGGUAGAGACAUGAUUGGUAUUGCUAAAACAGGCAGUGGGAAAACGGCAGCCUUUAUUUGGCCCAUGUUGAUUCAUAUAAUGGAUCAGAAGGAAUUAGAACCAGGCGAUGGACCAAUUGCUGUGAUUGUAUGUCCUACUAGGGAGCUUUGUCAACAGAUCCACGCAGAAUGUAAGCGGUUUGGGAAAGCAUAUAAUCUUCGAUCAGUGGCAGUAUAUGGAGGAGGGAGCAUGUGGGAGCAGGCCAAAGCCCUUCAGGAAGGAGCAGAGAUUGUUGUGUGUACCCCAGGUCGGCUGAUUGACCAUGUGAAGAAAAAAGCUACUAAUCUUCAAAGGGUCUCUUAUCUUGUGUUUGAUGAAGCCGAUCGGAUGUUUGACAUGGGAUUUGAGUACCAGGUUCGGUCCAUAGCGAGUCAUGUCCGUCCUGACAGACAGACUCUGUUAUUCAGUGCAACUUUUCGGAAAAAGAUUGAAAAAUUGGCCAGAGACAUCUUAAUUGACCCUAUUCGAGUGGUGCAGGGCGACAUUGGAGAGGCAAAUGAAGAUGUGACACAGAUUGUGGAGAUACUCCAUUCUGGGCCUAGUAAAUGGAGCUGGCUUACCCGGCGUCUGGUGGAGUUUACUUCUUCAGGGAGUGUUCUCCUGUUUGUUACUAAAAAAGCCAACGCUGAAGAACUAGCCAAUAACCUGAAGCAGGAGGGUCAUAACCUUGGUCUUCUCCACGGGGACAUGGAUCAGAGUGAAAGAAACAAGGUCAUUUCAGAUUUUAAGAAAAAGGACAUCCCUGUCCUGGUGGCCACUGAUGUUGCAGCCCGUGGUCUGGACAUUCCUUCAAUUAAGACAGUCAUCAACUAUGAUGUAGCACGAGACAUUGAUACCCACACUCACAGGAUUGGGCGAACAGGAAGAGCUGGUGAGAAGGGUGUGGCCUAUACCUUACUGACCCCAAAGGACAGCAAUUUUGCUGGGGAUCUUGUCCGGAACCUGGAAGGAGCCAACCAACAUGUUUCUAAGGAACUCUUAGACCUGGCAAUGCAGAAUGCCUGGUUUCGGAAAUCCCGCUUCAAAGGAGGGAAAGGCAAAAAGCUGAACAUUGGUGGAGGAGGCUUGGGCUAUAGAGAGCGGCCUGGGCUAGGCUCAGAGAAUUCGGACCGAGGAAAUAAUAACAAUGUAAUGAGCAAUUAUGAAGCCUACAAGCCCUCCACAGGAGCCAUGGGAGAUAGACUGACAGCAAUGAAAGCAGCUUUUCAGUCCCAGUACAAGAGUCACUUUGUUGCAGCCAGUUUAAGUAAUCAGAAGGCUGGAAGCUCUUCUGCUGGGGCAAGUGGAUGGACUAGUGCAGGAAGCUUAAAUUCUGUUCCAACUAAUUCAACACAGCAGGGCCAUAAUAGUCCAGACAGCCCCAUCACCAGUGCUUCCAAGAACAUCCCAGGCUUCAGCAGUUCUGGGAAUAUCAGCAGUGCUCCAGUGACCUACCCUUCUGUUGGAACCCAAGGAGUCAACAACACAGCUUCAGGGAGUAACAGCCGUGAAGGGAUAGGGGGUGGCAAUGGGAAGAGAGAGAGAUAUACUGAGAACAGGGGUGGUGGCCGUCACAGUCAUGGAGAUGGUGGUGGUCGCCAUGGAGAUGGAUACCGUUACCCAGAAAGCAGCAGCCGUCAUACUGAUGGCCACCGACACGGAGAGAACAGGCAUGGCGGAAGUGCCGGCAGACAUGGAGAGAGCCGGGGUACAAAUGAUGGUAGGAAUGGAGAAAGCAGGAAAGAAGGCUUUAAUCGUGAAAACAGGAUGGACCCUCCCAAGGUGGACAGCAGCAAGAUAGACAAAGUGGACAGCAAGUCAGAUAAGACACCUGAUGGUUUUGCUGUUCCAGAGCCACCCAAACGCAAGAAAAGUCGAUGGGACAGUUAGAGGGUUUCUUUAAGAUGUGCAUUCCUCUCUGCUUGCUCGCUAGUAAAUGUUUUACUACUGGGACCUGAGGGCUGUCGUUUCUACCGUACAGUAGUUGCUACAUAUUAAAUUAUGGCUUGGAACAGUGCAGCCUAUGAUGUGAAAUGUGGGGAAGUGCUUGCUUAUUAAACUAUCAGAAAAGUUA